UUUCGAACCGAAUUUAUGUACAUACAUAUAUACAUAUUUUGUUCAGCACCGUAUAAAUAAGCACGAAAUAAGGAAUUGAAUUGAGUUCUCCGCAACAUGUUUCGCCUGCACAUCGGUUUUUUGUGCCUCGUCGUUGCAUUCUGCAUCCUUUUCGGAGUGUGCCACGCCACCAGCGACUCCAUUUGUGUCCUGAGCGAUGCGCCUCAGCAAUGUGCCGCCUUCUGCCUGGCAGCAUUGCAUCCACUGUACGAUCAGUGCUCCAAGUCCAGGCAACAGGACAACAGCCAAGAGGCAAUGGUGAAGAUGAUAGAGGAUUUUCGGACUGAGCAGAAGGAGCUCGUGACUCACUACUAUCAGGAUGUUCGGGAGCUGUUGAAUGUCCUUGCGGCGAAUCUAACUUCCACCGCGAGCAGACAUGAAUCCACCUUGCAGAGCAUUCCAGUGACAGUGCCGCCUGGGUUCCAGAAGAUUGGAUCCAAAUACUUUUUAAUAGAAGAUAAUGAGUGGAAAUCCUGGACUGGUGCCGAAGAAACCUGUCGCGAAAAGGGCGGUCGCCUAGCAGCCUUCCGAAACGAAGACGAGUUUGAAGCCGUCACAAGAAUCGCCCAUAAACGUACCGUAUUCUGGCUGGGUUAUCGUCGAAAUAGUAAGGACGUAUUCGUGACGGCCACCGGAAAUGAAGGAUCGUUUAUGAAGUGGAAGUCAGGACAACCCGACAACAAGAAUGGCAAGCAGAACUGCGUUGCCCUGUCCAAAUCACGCAUGUAUGACAGGAAAUGCGAUCAUACCUAUGCCUUCAUUUGCCAGUUGGACACGGUUUAAGAAAGAUAAUGAUAAUACGUAUAUAUCUAUACAUAAUUAUUUGUCAAAUGCUCUGCGAAUGUGUCUACAGAGAGUAAGAAGAGAGUUUUCGCAUAAACACGCACACACUUAUUGGGUUGAAUUGAUUAACACAGAAUUAACCAAAUGCAUGCCAUAUAAAGCAAUAUUCAAAUUAGACCACCUCGUACUCAUUUUGGCGGGUAGUACUUAAGCGCGCAGGGGCAAGCGUUCAGUGUUCGUUGU